UUAUUUUUUGAGAAAAUCAAAAUCAACGACGUGUUGAGCUGUUACUGCCUUUUUCCCAUCUCUCUCUUUCCAUCUCCUUUUGCAAGCUGUAAUUGAACGAGAAGAGCUUGCUCGGCACUUCCUUAAAUUUCCCACCUCAACAGGCUGAACUGAGAAGCUCUCUCUCUGUCUCUUCAAAACCCAAAGUUUUUUUUUUUUUUUUCUAUAAGUUUCUUUCGCCAUGAUUUAGAGAGAGACGCCCUCGCUUCUUUGCUUUUAGCAAAAUCCACGCGUCUGUAUCUCCCCUUUGUUUGCUUCAACAAUGGCGCCGUCCUUUGAUUGGUGGGCAAAAGGCAGCCAUAAAGGAACCCCAGUGGUUGUCAAAAUGGAAAACCCAAACUGGUCAAUGGUCGAGCUCGAAGGUCCAUCUGAAGAGGAUUUCCUUAUCGGCGACACCCCAACCGGUGGGCGAGAAAAAGCGCGUGGCAAAAACGCGAAGCAACUCACUUGGGUCCUCCUUUUAAAAGCCCACCGCGCUGCCGGUUGCUUAACCUCCAUUGCCUCCACAUUGGUCAGCCUCGGUUCAGCCAUCCGUCGCCGAGUCGCCUCUGGACGAACCGACACCGACAACGACACUGAAACCGACAGCACUUUCUCCAAUGAAAACAAAACCGUUAAAACAAGGUUCUAUAACUGCAUCAAAGUGUUCCUUUGGUUAUCUUUAUUGUUACUCGGUUUCGAGAUCGCCGCGUAUUUUAAAGGCUGGCAUUUUGGUACUCCAGAGCUUCAAUUACAGUACAUAUUUACGGCAUCGUUUGGUGUUAGAGAUUUGUUCGAUUGGCUAUACUCUCGUUGGGUUUUGAUUCGGGUGGAGUAUCUCGCUCCUCCUCUUCAGUUUCUUGCAAAUGUCUGCAUUAUUCUUUUCCUUAUCCAAAGCAUGGAUAGGUUAGUUCUCUGUUUGGGUUGUUUUUGGAUCCGUUUCAAAAAAAUCAAGCCAAUUCCCAAGCAAGAAGCUAUCGCAGAUCUUGAAUCUGGAGAAAACGGUUUCUUCCCAAUGGUUCUCGUUCAGAUCCCUAUGUGUAACGAAAAAGAGGUUUACCAACAAUCAAUAGCUGCUGUUUGUAAUUUGGACUGGCCAAAGUCGAAAAUUUUGAUUCAAGUGUUGGAUGAUUCUGAUGAUCCAACAACUCAGCUGCUUAUUAAAGAGGAGGUGCAUAAAUGGCAACAAGAAGGUGCCCACAUUGUGUAUCGGCACCGUGUAAUUAGAGAUGGCUACAAAGCUGGUAAUCUUAAAUCUGCCAUGAGUUGUAGUUACGUUAAAGACUAUGAAUUUGUUGCCAUUUUCGAUGCCGAUUUCCAGCCCACCCCCGAUUUCCUCAAACGAACUGUUCCCCAUUUUAAGGAUAAUGAGGAUUUAGGAUUGGUUCAGGCAAGGUGGUCAUUUGUGAAUAAGGAUGAGAAUUUGCUUACAAGACUGCAAAACAUAAAUUUGUCAUUUCAUUUUGAGGUAGAGCAACAAGUGAAUGGUGUUUUCAUUAAUUUCUUUGGGUUCAAUGGGACUGCUGGGGUUUGGAGGAUUAAGGCUUUGGAGGAUUCUGGUGGGUGGUUGGAGAGGACUACAGUUGAGGACAUGGAUAUUGCCGUUCGUGCUCACCUACAAGGAUGGAAGUUCAUUUUCCUCAAUGAUGUUGAGUGUCAGUGUGAACUUCCUGAAUCGUAUGAAGCUUAUAGAAAACAACAGCAUAGGUGGCACUCUGGACCCAUGCAGUUGUUCCGCCUCUGUUUGCCAGAUAUUAUCCGUGCUAAGAUUAGUGUGUGGAAGAAAUUCAAUAUGAUCUUUCUGUUUUUUCUGCUUAGAAAACUGAUCCUGCCAUUUUAUUCUUUCACUCUUUUCUGCAUAAUUCUCCCCAUGACCAUGUUCGUUCCAGAGGCUGAGCUUCCAGCAUGGGUUGUCUGUUACAUCCCUGCUACAAUGUCAUUUCUCAACAUCCUUCCAGCCCCAAAAUCCUUCCCAUUCAUUGUCCCUUACCUUCUCUUUGAGAACACCAUGUCAGUGACUAAGUUCAACGCCAUGGUCUCUGGUCUUUUCCAGCUUGGUAGUGCGUAUGAGUGGGUUGUUACAAAAAAAUCUGGUCGAUCAUCUGAGGGCGAUCUUGUCUCCUUGGUUGAGAAGGGGCCAAAACAUCAACGUAGGGGAUCAGAACCCAAUCUUGAUGAAAUGAAAGCAGAUCUUCAGCAAGAACAGAAGGCUACGAAAAAGAAGCAUAAUAGGAUAUAUACGAAGGAGCUAGCUCUGGCAUUCCUUCUUCUAACAGCUUCAGCUAGGAGCCUCCUGUCUGCACAGGGUAUCCAUUUCUAUUUCUUGCUAUUUCAAGGGAUAUCCUUCCUUCUGGUUGGUCUAGACUUGAUUGGUGAGCAGGUUCUCUAAAGGACAGAUUAGGGACUUCGUAGGAAAAUGUGAAAGACAUCAAAUAGAAAUUGUGUUACAUGGACAGAAGAAUGGCCUCAAUUUGGACAUAGGCUCACCUUAAAAUGGUGAUACUCUUCAGUAUAUGUAAGGGUUUUUUUUUUUUUUUUGAUUCUUUUGGUUUUCUGUCAAUUCUUUUGUAAGAAAAAAUUGUUGUUCAAAGAUCAAACAGGAAUUUACUUAAGAGCAAGGUAGAACAUUGAUCCCUUCUCCUUUUUCACUUAUUUUCAUGAGGAUGAUAA